AUGUCUGGAGUAGAAAUGCACCAGAGAAAUUGGACCUCGGAUUGUCGUUCCGCGAGUAGGAGCAGGGAUGGGCUGCGACGGUCGAUUUGGCGUGGCUUGAGUAAUCCCUCACUUUUCGCUGGCGAGUCUGACACCCAGGGUGGCGGCCUCUACUGGGCGGAAACAAGCGGCGUGAAAUCAGCCGCGGACGGCCCGGAUGGCAAGCAGCAGGGCACAACCGGCGGGGCAAGUUUUUCACGGUCUACUGCCCCCACCGACGGCGCUCCGCCUUCCGCAGACACCACCGGCCCGUUCGCCGACGCUGCAAUCGAUUCCCAUUCCACUCCUCUCCACCUGCCCCCAUGUCCUCUCCAGUCCCCGUCUUCGACGCAAAAGCGAUGCCCUUCCGCCGGUUGGGCCCCAGCGGUCUGCGCGUGCCGCUCUUCUCUCUCGGCGGCUGGCUCACCCUCGGAGGCUCCGUCGUCGGGCGAGAGCGUCAAGGACAUCAUGCAGGCCGCCUUCGAGAAUGGGAUCAACAUGUUCGACACCGCGGAGGACUACCAGAAAGGUGCGGCUGAGCGCGAAAUGGGACACGCUAUCAAAGAACUUGGCUGGCGCCGCACGGACCUCGUCAUCUCAACCAAGAUAUUCUGGAGCCACGAGCCAGGCACGGGCCCGAACCACACGGGGCUGUCGCACAAACACGUUAUCGAGGGCACGAAGGCUUGUUUGCGACGGCUCCAGAUGGACUAUGUCGACGUCAUCUUCGCAUCGUUGCGAUACCACCGGCUAGUUCCGAUGGAGGAGAUCGUCCGCGCAUUUAACUAUGUUAUCGACCAGGGCUGGGUGAGUGGCUUUCUACUGGGGCACCUCCGAGUGGAGCGCACCAGAUCGAGGAGGCGCAUCGUGAGCGUGUACCUCUCCCGAGACCUCCCGUCGCUUACCCGCAGCACAGAUGUUGCCACGCGCUUAAACCUCAUCGCGCCGAUCGCGGAGCAGUGCAAGCACAACAUGUUCCACCGCGAACGUCCGGAGAAGGAAUACGCCCCUUUGUACGCCAAGUACGGCCUGGGCACAACCGCAUUCUCUGCACUGCAGGGCGGACUGCUGACGGGGAAGUACAACGACGGCAUCCCAGACGGCACGCGCUUCGCCACCGUGCCCAUGUUUCGCGGGGCGACGGAGGGUCCCCAGGGCGAAGAGCUGCUUUGGAAAGUGCGUCUCCUCAGCCAAAUUGCUGCGGGUGCGUCGUUUCUCCCCGACUUGCUGAACUCUGGGCGGAACCGCGCUGGCGCUCGCCUCGAGGCGAACCUCGGCGCGCUUGAGGUCCUGCCCAAGCUGGAUGCUGCGGUGUUGGCGCGGAUCGAGGCUGUGUUGGGUAACCGCCCGCAGGAGCCGGAGACGUAUGGUCGCCCGCCGCUGGAUCAGGGCAUCCUUUGA